AUGUCGUCCACGUCGUCGGCCCUCCCCGGCCGUCAAUCCCACGCUCGGACGAGCUCGCACUCGCUGCUCACAGGCGCUCUCAACGCCAACCACAGAGUGACUCGACGCAAGUCUGUCACAAACCCGAAUGCGAACGUUACCGCGAUCGCUGCUGCUCUUAGGGAGAGUGAGCGUUCAAACGCCUUGCCCAUCAACAGCGGCCGCCGAAUGUCAAAGAGCGCUGCUGCUCGUGCUGCCAUCGCCGGUAGCCUUCCCUCCCCGCCUGCUAGCCUCCCGAACCACAAGUCGAUACCCGAGACGAAGCAAGAACUCAAUGGUAGCGCCAUUGACGAUGAAAUGAACGAUGGCUCAGCUGAUGAGGGAACUGCCAAGUUCCAAAAGGCUCGUCAACGCCGUGCAAGCGACGGCCAGCCUCUCAAGGAGGGCAAGAAGAGCAACAGGGUUGAGGUUCGCUGUGACAAGUGUGGUAAAGGCUACAAGCAUAGCAGCUGCUUGACUAAGCACUUGUGGGAACACACACCUGAGUGGGCAUUGACUUCCAAGUUGCUCAUUUCAAAGCAUCAACAAGUCCAGCUGCUUGAAGCUGCUUCGGUUCUUGUAACCAUGAACGGCAUUGAGGGCAACGCUGCCACUCCUCCUGAGUCUACAAAGGACUUUCAGAGUGAGGCCGGGUCAUCAUCGCCUGCUACCUCUAGAUACUCUGACCCUGAGGAGCGACAGAGCUCUGCCGACACUACACCACCUCCGCUUACCGAAGGUGUCAGCGUCAACGGCACCUCCUACCGCAACAAGCGCUACAGCAACGGGUACGCUAGAAGCUACCAGUCAGCUGCAUCGUUUGGAGCUGGUAGUGUGCCAUAUGGCUCAGGCUUUGGCCACUACCGCCAGCCUAGCAAUGAUCACCACCGUCCCAGUUCUUCCGGUCGCAAUGCCACGGGAGAGGACGAUAGAGAUCUGGCUGCUGCAGUUGAGCUCCUCAGCUGCAGCUUUGGUAGCAACAACGGAUCCCGUCCUGCUAUGACUCCUGCAGAUGCGCCUCCCGUUCCCCCACUGCCGGCUCAGUACCUGGAUCAAGCGACGUCACUAUCGACAGCGAGCUUCAUCAACAGCUUUCCACGUCGACAGCCCGAGAGUUUUACUCGCGGUGACAUGAGACGUCCUAGCGUGGACGUUCGAAUGGAUGGUAGCGGCGAUUCUGUUAUGGACGAUGACGAUUUCGAGAUGCGUUCGCGCGGUCGAAGUGAGGAUGAUGACGAUGGUGUUUUUGGUCGCAUGGAGGAAUGA